GCGGCGCCGCCUGGCGAGGCCCGGACCGGGCUUUGUCCGCCCCGGAGCCCCCUCCCUGCGCCGCCAAAACCUCAGAGCACGCGCCCUGCGCCCGCCCCAGCCCAAGAGCUCAGGAAGGGCCGGCGGAGCUGUGCGGAGGGAGAGGACGACCCAGGCCCUAGGUGCCCCAGCCUGCCCAGCACUGCAAGAGCUGAAGAUGACAAGCUCUAUGGCACCCUACGAGCAGCUGGUGCGGCAGGUGGAGGCCUUGAAGGCCGAGAACAGUCACCUGAGGCAGGAGCUUCGUGAUAACUCAAGCCACCUAUCCAAGCUGGAGAAUGAGACGUCAGGCAUGAAGGAGGUCCUGAAGCACUUACAGGGCAAGCUGGAGCAGGAGGCCCGAGCGCUGGUGUCCUCGGGGCAGACGGAAGUGCUGGAGCAGCUGAAAGCCCUGCAGAUGGACAUCACCAGCCUGUACAACCUCAAGUUCCAGCCCCCGGCUCUGGCCCCUGAGCCUGCUGCCCGGACCCCUGACGGAAGUCCGGUACACAGCUCCGGGCCCUCCAAGGACAACUUUGGGGAGUUGAGCCGGGCUACCAUCCGGCUGCUGGAGGAACUAGACCGGGAACGGUGUUUCCUGUUGAAUGAGAUUGAGAAGGAAGAGAAGGAGAAGCUCUGGUAUUACUCGCAGCUUCAGGGCCUGUCCAAGCGUCUGGACGAGCUCCCACACGUGGAAACGCAGUUCUCGAUGCAGAUGGAUCUGAUUCGGCAGCAGCUAGAGUUCGAGGCCCAGCACAUUCGCUCGCUGAUGGAGGAGCGCUUCGGCACCUCGGACGAGAUGGUGCAGCGGGCACAGAUCCGUGCCUCCCGCCUGGAGCAGAUCGACAAGGAACUACUGUCCGCGCAGGACCGGGUGCAGCAGACCGAGCCCCAGGCCUUGCUGGCAGUGAAGUCAGUGCCAAUGGACGAGGACCCUGAGACUGAGGUCCCCACUCAUCCUGAGGAUGGUGCCCCUCAACCUGGCAAUAGCAAGGUGGAGGUGGUCUUCUGGCUGCUGUCCAUGUUGGCGACGCGUGACCAGGAGGACACGGCACGGACGCUGCUGGCUAUGUCCAGCUCACCUGAGAGCUGCGUGGCCAUGCGCCGCUCCGGCUGCCUGCCGCUGCUACUGCAGAUCCUGCAUGGCACUGAGGCGGGGGUUGGGGGUCGUAACGGAGCCCCAGGGGCUCCAGGAGCCAAGGACGCGCGCAUGCGCGCCAACGCAGCGCUGCACAACAUCGUCUUCUCCCAGCCGGACCAGGGUCUGGCGCGCAAGGAGAUGCGCGUCCUGCAUGUGCUUGAGCAGAUCCGCGCCUAUUGUGAGACCUGCUGGGACUGGCUGCAGACCCGCAACAGCGGGCCAGAGGGAGCCGGCGCCGGCGGUGCUCCAGUCCCCAUUGAGCCGCAGAUCUGCCAGGCCACCUGCGCCGUGAUGAAGCUGUCCUUCGACGAGGAAUACCGCCGCGCCAUGAACGAGCUGGGUGGGCUGCAGGCUGUGGCGGAGUUACUGCAGGUCGACUAUGAGAUGCACAAGAUGACCCGGGACCCUCUCAACCUGGCCCUGCGCCGAUAUGCUGGCAUGACCCUCACCAACCUCACCUUUGGGGAUGUCGCCAACAAGGCCACACUGUGUGCCCGGCGGGGCUGCAUGGAGGCCAUCGUGGCCCAGCUGGCAUCUGAGAGCGAGGAGCUGCACCAGGUCGUUUCCAGCAUCUUGCGCAACCUGUCUUGGAGGGCUGACAUCAACAGCAAGAAGGUGCUGAGGGAGGUGGGCAGCAUGACCGCCCUGAUGCAAUGCGUCCUUCGAGCCUCCAAGGAGUCCACCCUGAAAAGCGUGCUCAGCGCCCUGUGGAACCUCUCGGCUCACAGCACAGAGAACAAGGCUGCCAUCUGCCAGGUGGACGGCGCCCUGGGCUUCCUGGUGAGCACACUGACCUACAAGUGCCAGAGCAACUCACUGGCCAUCAUCGAGAGCGGCGGUGGCAUCCUGCGCAACGUGUCCAGCCUCAUCGCCACGCGGGAGGACUACAGGCAGGUGCUGCGGGACCACAACUGCCUGCAGACACUGCUGCAACACCUGACUUCGCACAGCCUGACCAUCGUGAGCAAUGCCUGUGGCACACUCUGGAACCUGUCUGCCCGUAGCCCUCGCGACCAGGAGCUACUGUGGGACCUGGGCGCCGUGGGCAUGCUGCGCAACCUGGUACACUCAAAGCACAAGAUGAUCGCCAUGGGCAGUGCUGCCGCCCUGCGCAACCUGCUGGCCCACCGGCCCGCCAAGUACCAGGCAGCUGCCACUGCCAUCUCCCCUGGCGCCUGUGUGCCCAGCCUGUAUGUGCGCAAGCAGCGGGCUCUGGAAGCAGAGCUGGAUGCGAGGCACCUGGCACAGGCGCUCGAUCACCUGGAAAAGCAGGGCCUUCCUGAGGCCGAGGCUGCCUCCAAGAAGCCACUGCCACCCCUGCGGCACCUGGAUGGCCUCGCCCAGGACUACGCCUCUGACUCGGGCUGCUUCGACGAUGACGAUGCACCCUCUCUGGCUGCUGCCGCAGCCACUGCCACAGCCGAGCCUGCCAGCCCUGCCAUGCUGUCCCUCUUCCUGGGCAGCCCCUUCCUGCAGGGGCAGGCACUGGCCCGUGCCCCCACUGCCCGCCGUGGUGGCCUGGAGACAGAGAAGGAGACCGGGGGGGAGGCAGCCGUGGCAGCCAGGGCCAAGGCCAAGUUGGCACUGGCAGUGGCGCGUAUCGACCGGCUGGUGGAGGAUAUCUCUGCCCUGCACACCUCGUCUGAUGACAGCUUCAGCCUCAGCUCUGGGGAUCCUGGGCAGGAGGCCCCACGGGAGGGCCGUGCCCAAUCCUGCUCACCCUGCCGGGGGCCUGACGGUGGACGGCGGGAGGCCAGUAGCCGAGCUCACCCACUGCUGCGGCUCAAGGCAGGGCACACCAGCCUCUCCAAUGACAGCCUUAACAGUGGCAGCACCAGCGACGGGCACUGUCCACGUGAGCACUCGCGGCCCUGUCCUCUGGUCACACUGGCUGAGCACCGAGAGGGGCCUCCGUGUGGUCAGGCACGGCCUAGCCGGCUUGACCUUGGCCUGGCCAAUGGCAAGCCUGAGCCGGCAGCCCGGGACACCACAGCUACAGAUGCCCAUGUGCGCACCAUCAAGCUGUCACCUACUUACCAGCAUGUGCCACUGCUUGAGGGCACAACCAGGGUGGGUGCAGGGUCCCUGGCCCCUGGGGCCCGUAAACAGGCCUGGCUGCCCACAGAGGGCCUAAGCAAAGCGCCUGAGAAGCUGGCAGUGGAGACGGCACCUCUCAGCCUGUCCCACUGCAGCUCCCUGUCCUCACUGUCCUCGGCCGGCCGCCCAGGGCCCAGUGAGGCUGGGGACCUGGACGACAGUGAUUCAUCCCUGGAGGGGCUAGAGGAGGCCGGUCCCAGUGAGGCAGAACUGGAGGGGGCCUGGCGGGGGCCAGUGGCUGCCUCCCUGCCCAUGGCCAUCCCGGCACCCCGGCGGGGCCGGGGCCUGGGGCUGGAGGACGCCACACCCUCCAGCUCAUCUGAGAAUUGCGUGCAGGAGACCCCACUGGUGCUGAGCCGCUGCAGCUCAGUCAGCUCACUGGGCAGCUUUGAGAGCCCAUCCAUUGCUAGUUCUAUUCCCAGCGACCCAUGCAGCGGGCUGGGCAGCGGCACAGUAAGCCCCAGUGAACUGCCCGACAGCCCUGGGCAAACAAUGCCACCAAGCCGCAGCAAGACGCCACCGCUGGCCCAGGCACCACCAGGCGAGCGUGAGGCCACCCAGUUCAGCCUGCAGUGGGAGAGCUAUGUGAAGCGCUUCCUGGACAUUGCUGACUGCCGUGAGCGCUGCCGGCUGCCAUCGGAGCUGGACGCAGGCAGUGUGCGCUUUACUGUAGAAAAGCCCGAUGAGAACUUCUCCUGUGCUUCCAGCCUCAGUGCAUUAGCUCUGCAUGAGCUCUACGUACAGAAGGACGUGGAGCUGCGGCUGCUGCCCCCCACCUGCCCAGAGCGCAGCAGCGGUGGAGGUGGAGGCCCUGGACACCGGCGGCGGGAUGAGACUGGUGGUCGCCUGGAAGGGCCACCAUCCACAGACCAGGAGCUGGAGCUUCUUCGCGAGUGCUUGGGUGGGGCCGUGCCCGCCCGGCUCCGCAAGGUGGCCUCAGCACUGAUGCCUGGCCGCCGUGCGCUGCCUGUGCCCGUCUACAUGCUUGUGCCUGCCCCGGCCCGGGAGGACGACUCUUGCACUGACUCGGCUGAUGGCACACCUGUCAAUUUCUCCAGUGCCGCCUCACUCAGCGAUGAGACGCUGCAGGGACCCUCUAGGAACAGCGGGCGUGUGGAGGGGGAGAAGCCUGCAGGCCGCGCCACCCCCUCCAGGCAGCCUACUGGGCACCGGCACAGGGCAGGAGGUGUGGGCCGCAGCUUGGAGCAGCCCCGGGGGGCUGGCAGAAGCCGGGCAGGGCUGGACCUACCCCUCCGCCGGCCCCCGAGCACCUGUGGGGAUAAGGAUGGCUCCCGCCCAGGCCAGGUGCAUGGGGAUGGGGCCCGGCAGUCUCUGUGCCUCACGACACCCACUGAGGAGGCUGUGUACUGCUUCUAUGGCAAUGAUUCGGAUGAGGAGCCAUCCACAAGGGUGGCAGCAGCGCCCCCGCGGAGGGCAUCGGCAAUCCCUAGGGCAGUGAAGAGGGAGCGCCUAGUUGGGGGCAGGAAGGAGGUGCAAGCUGUGCCCAAGGCCGCGCCCAAGGCCGCACCACCUGCCCGGGCUCAGCCUAGCCUCAUCGCAGAUGAAACACCACCAUGCUACUCCCUGAGCUCCUCAGCUAGCUCCCUCAGUGAUCCUGAGCCCUCUGAGCAUGCAGCCAACUGGUCCCGAGCCCGUGAGCCAGGGGUCACCAAAGACCCGGGCCCAGGGGGCAGGAGGGAUGGCUCCCCCAGUCCUCGGGCAGAGGCAGAGCUGCUGCGGCGCUGCAUUGGCUCAGCCAUGCCCAGGCGCCAGCCCCAGGUGUCCGGCCCCAGGCGUCGCCAGCCCCAGCCCCAGCCCCAAGCUGCACAGUCAGAGGAGCGGCCGGCAGAGGGGCCCCGGGAGCUGGGAGAAGAGGCGGCGGGCUCCGACCGAGCCUCAGACCUGGACAGUGUUGAGUGGCGGGCCAUCCAGGAGGGCGCCAACUCCAUUGUCACCUGGUUGCACCAGGCCGCAGCAGCAGCCACCCGAGAGGCCUCGUCUGAGUCAGAUUCUGUUCUGUCCUUUGCAUCGGGGCUGUCAGUGGGCUCCACCUUACAGCACUCUCUGCACAGGAAAGGGCGACGGCCAAGGGCAGAAGGCCAGGCAGGCAGUACCAAGCGGCCAGAGAAAGGGGACACGGCCCUUGCCCAGCGCAGCAGCGGCCCAGAGAAGCCACGUGGCACUCAGAAGACUGCAUCAGGGGUGCCAGCUGUGCUCCGGGGACGGACAGUGAUCUACGUGCCCAGCCCAGCCACCCGGGCCCAGCCCAGAGGUGCCCCCGGCCCCCGAGCUGUGCCGAGAAAGAUGGGAGCCCCAAGCGCUGUGCAGCCAGCAGCCCCUGGCCCUGGACAGCAGCGGUCUCGGAGCCUGCACCGGCCAGGCAAGAUCUCGGAACUGGCAGCACUGAGCCCCCCUCAAAGGAGCGCCACGCCACCGGCCCGCCUGGCCAAAACCCCUUCAUCGAGCUCCUCACAGACCUCCCCCGCCUCCCAGCCUCUGCCCAAGAGAUCACCCCCGGCUGCCCAGGCUACAGGGCCCCUGCCUGGCCCUGGGGCCUCUCCAGUGCCCAAGACUCCUGCACGAGCCCUGCUGGCCAAACAGCACAAGACACAGAAGUCACCCGUGCGGAUCCCCUUCAUGCAGAGGCCUGCCAGGCGGGGGCCGCCACCACUGGCCAGGGCAGCCCCGGAGCCAGGCCCCAGAGGCCGGGCAGGGUCUGAGGGAGGCCCGGCCACUAGAGGGGGCCGCCUGGGUCUGGUGCGUGUGGCCUCCGCGCGCUCCACCGGCAGCGAGUCCUCGGACCGCUCUGGUUUCCGGCGGCAGCUGACCUUCAUCAAGGAGUCGCCCGGCCUGCUGCGCCGUCGACGCUCUGACCUUUCUGCACCGGAGGCCCCCACCCCCGCCACCCAGGCCGGCUCGCCCCGCCGUGGCCGGCCAGCACUACCCGCCGUCUUCCUCUGCUCCUCGCGCUGUGACGAGCUGCGGGCCCCCCGGCAGGCCCCGGCUUCCCAGCGUCCCCCCGCAGCCCGGACAGGCGCCGGCGAGCGGCCGCCCCGACGCACAAGCUCCGAGAGCCCUUCCCGCCUGCCAGUCCGCACGCCGGCAGCCCGGCCCGAGACAGUCAAGCGCUAUGCCUCCCUGCCUCACAUCAGCGUGGCCCGCAGGCCCGACGCCGCCGCACCCAGGCCCGUGGUGGACGCCGCUCGCCGCAGCAGCGAUGGGGAGGCCCGGCCGCUGCCCAGGGUGGCCGCGCCGGGCACCACGUGGCGUCGCAUCCGGGACGAGGACGUCCCGCACAUCUUGCGGAGCACUCUGCCCGCCACUGCCCUGCCACUGAUAGGCUCCUCGCCCGAGGAGGGUCCGGCCGGCCCACCACAGCGCAAGACCAGCGACGCCGUAGUCCAGACAGAAGACUUCGCUGCCACCAAGACCAACUCCAGCACUUCCCCCAGCCUGGAGAGCAGGGCCCCCCCUCAGGCCACGGCCGGUGGCCCCACCUCUCUACUCGGCAGCGAUGUCGACGGGCCAGGCCCCACCAAGGCGCCCGCCACCGCCCCCUUCAUCCACGAGGGCCUGGGGGUGGCUGCAGGGGUCUUCCCCGCCAGCCGGCACGGCUCCCCCAGCCGCGCAGCCCGCGUUCCCCCCUUCAACUAUGUGCCCAGCCCCAUGGUGGCCGCUACCACUGACUCGGCCGUGGAGAAAGCCCCCGCCCCCGCCCCCACAAGCCUCCUGGAAUAGCGGCCAGGGGUGGCCUUCCAGAACAUCCUCUACAGGCUCAGGGCCCGUCUGGCUGCCC